AGGAAAGCGCAGGAAAUGUUAGCCAGCGCGCGGACGGGGAGGGGGGCGGGGAGGAAGCCGAGACGGCAGCGAGACCAAAACAGGGUGGGGCGCGCGGGGCGCUCCCCGGGGAGAGGCGCCCGCCCGGGUGGCCGGGAUGGAGAUCUCUGCGGGGCGCGGGGAGGCAGGCCGGCGAGCUCGGGAGAAGGAAGCGGACGGGCGCCUCCCGCCCCCGGGGCUGCCCGCCAGCGGCCGCAGGGCAGGGCGGCGGCGCCCGCCGGCGUCGCUCUCCCUCGCCCGGGCCGGCCCGGGCUCUGGCCCGGUGGGCGGGCCGGGCGGCGCUCGGGGCCGCGCUCCGCUUCCCCACUUUCCCUCCGUCCCUCCCUCCUCCCGGGGCCGUCCCGGGCGGCCGGGCCAAUGAGCGCCGAGAGGAGGGCAGCGGGAAGCGGAGCGCGCCCGGCGCGGCCCUCCCACCGCGCCCCGGGGCCGCCGCGCCAACGCCGAGGUUGCGCCCCGGGAGUUCGCGCGGCCCCCGGCCUGGUGGCUCGGUCCCCGCGGGCGAGGCGGCCGUGCGCGCGCGCGCGCCUGGGGCAGCGGCCCGCGAGCGCUCGGGCUGCGGGACGGGGAGCGGGGUGGCGCGGGCCGGGGCCGGGGCAGCCGCCUCCCGAAGAUGCAGGAUGGCAGCGGAGCCGCCGUCCAGCCUCUCGUACCGCACCACGGGCUCCACCUGCCUGCACCCGCUCAGCGAGCUCCUGGGCAUCCCGCUGGACCAGAUACUCCUUCUUUGUAGCAAUGGGAUACCUUACAAUAUGCCACAUCAGCCGGAUAUACAUCUUCCACUAUGGAAUUCUCACUACAGAUUUUUCUGGGCCUCUGAUGAUUGUCACACAGAAGAUCACGACCUUGGCAUUCCAAGUUCAUGAUGGAUUAGGUCGAAGAGCUGAAGACCUCUCUGCUGAGCAACAUCGACUUGCUGUGAAGGUAAAGCCCUCCUUUUUGCAAUACUUAAGCUAUCUUCUCAACUUCAUGAGUGUCAUAGCUGGCCCUUGCAACAAUUUCAAGGAUUACAUAGCCUUUAUUGAGGGGAGACAUACGCACAUGAAGUUGCUGGAAGUGAACUGGAAGCAGAGAGGUUUCCAGAGCCUGCCAGAGCCUUCUCCCACUGGAGCUGUGAUCCGCAAGUUGUACAUGACCUUGGUGUCUCUCCUUCUGUUUUUGACACUCACGAAGACCUUCCCUGUCACCUGCCUGGUUGAUGACUGGUUUGUUCAUAAAGCGAACUUUCUGACUCGACUGUGCUACUUGUAUAUCGUCAUGCAAGCCUCGAAGCCCAAGUAUUACUUUGCCUGGACGUUAGCUGAUGCAGUGAAUAAUGCAGCGGGCUUUGGGUUCAGCGGAGUGGAUAAGAAUGGAAAUUUCUGUUGGGAUCUGCUUUCUAACCUAAACAUCUGGAAAAUUGAGACUGCCACAAGUUUCAAAAUGUACUUAGAAAACUGGAAUAUUCAGACAGCUACUUGGCUAAAGCGAGUGUGCUAUGAGCGGGUUCCCUGGUACCCCACGGUGCUAACCUUUGUCCUGUCUGCCUUGUGGCAUGGUGUCUACCCUGGAUACUAUUUUACCUUCUUAACUGGAACCCUUGUCACAGUAGCAGCCAGAACGAUGAGGAACAACUACAGACAUUACUUCCUUUCCUCGAAAGCCCUCAAGGUUGCAUAUGAUGUGGUCACCUGGGCGGUCACUCAGCUGGCCGUGUCCUACACCGUUGCUCCCUUCGUUAUGUUAGCAGUUGAACCAACCAUCAGCUUAUACAAGUCCAUGUACUUUUAUUUACACAUCAUAAGUCUUCUGAUAAUACUAUUUCUGCCAGUCAAACCCCAUGCUCAUAUUCAGAGGCAGCCUCAGACUCUGAACUCCGUUAAUAAGAAAAAAGAUUGAUACCUCCAAGAAAAAGCUGAGCGUGUAAAACUGCAAAACAUCGGAAAGUUGAGACCAAAAGGCUCAAGGGUUCUCCAGUGACUUAGAAGCAAUGUUUACAUGCAUUUUUUUUUUAAGUGCAGGGAGAAUUUUUAUCAAGCCUUUUUAAGUCGGCCAUGUCCAGUUGAUUUAAUACUUCCUAGGACAUUUGAGUGGUGUGGAGGUAUGUGCAGAAUGUGCCAGAGACCGUGCAGUCUGGGCUGCUGGGUCUUUGCUUCUCUGGCACCAUUUCCAGCCACGGGAGCCCAUACAUCUGGAAGGCAGAAGGUGGUUGCUGACAGAGCUGAUCUUCCAGAAUAUACCCAGAUAUGGUUGUUCCUUGGGAAGCCCCAGACCCUUUGACCACAGUGACGACACUCAGAAGACCACGGAGGAGAAGGAGCCGGCACGAAAGAACCAGGAGGACUUGCCGUGAACACUUGAGUGGAUGGAAAGUCAGGCAUGCCCUAAAGUAGGCUGCAUUUUUUUCCCCAAGAGAUAGAACUCUUCCCUUUUUUCCUUCUGAACUGAGCCAAGAUUGGAAAUCAGUCUCCUGUACUCCAGGAGUCUAGGAAGGGCUACUGUUUUCCUUUUCACACACGCCAUCUCUUUGCCCAGGGAUGGCCCUGAGAAAACACCCAAAUGUUUGCACCAUCAAAGGCAGAAUAAAUAAACCUUCUAAAUAAGUAAUUUGUUUUAAAAAAGUAAAGUUCCAUAGAAGCUUGUUAAGAAGCAGCAUUUUUCUCUUUGCUCACCUCAUUUCGUGGAGGUGUUCGUGAUCUUGGUUAUGAUACACACACCAGCUGAUUUUCACUUUUCUGGUUUUGUGGUUGAUUAAAUUUGACGAUUUUAGUUGAAUCAUUGUAUCGGAGAGCAGAAAUGGAGGACCGUUUUCUAUCCUUGUUAUGAAUGUGCUGUGGUUCCUUUCGGGGACUUCUAUUGGAUAAUAUUCUAUGUGGGAGAAAGAAACAUGGUAUUAAAUGUGCAAAAUGAUGAAACUGAUAAUAAUAAAUUAUAUGUUACAAGAGUGUACCCUAAA